AGUUCCCAUGUACCAAAUUAGAGUCUCAGCCCGUCCAGUUUGCUCUUGGACAGAUCCAGGCAGAGAAAGGAGCGCGAUGCUUUGUUCCACUGUCGAAUUUCUGGGUCCAAGCUAUUGUGAAAAGAACUUCCAACAACAAGUUGCCAAUAUAGUUUCCUAUGAUGGAUUUCAUACAUACUAAAGCAUUUUUAAGCCCCCUAAGUGGGUUCUUGAUUUUGCCAUCCUCAACCCAAGAAGAGAGAAGCAAAACCAUGAGUUGCAAUUUAGAUGACCUUCCACGCUUGUAUGUCAUUGGCAAUAUACAAAAUGUGAAUAAAAAAAUAUCUCAUUUAGAAUUGGGACUGAGAAGAUAUGACAGUAGUGAUGUGGUGAUUGAGGAUAUGAUGCAGAGGAAGUAUGCAGGGUUGAAGGGUCCUAGAAAAGGAAGACGUAUAAGCAGAGUAAAAGAGAAGGAACAGGUGGUGAUACAAAAGUAUGGAAGGCUUGGGUCAGAUGCAGGUACUUUAAGAAAUCAGAAAAAAAUAGCUCAGAAAAAGAUGAUCACAGAAAAGAAUAAACUUGUAGAGCUCUAUCAUUACCCAGGAUAUCAUGAAGAGGAAAUGACACCACUGCCCAAUGGAAUAGAGCUGAAUGAAAUUUUGGAGAAAGUGAUUCGUGCUCAGAGUAAAACUGUAGUUGGGAAGACGAAGUGGGCUGUGAAAAUGCUGCACAGGUUUUUUGAUGUUCCAAGCACCCGAGCUGUUUUGCUGGAUAGUUUCUGGUGGCAAUUCCUGCACUUAUAUCAUCCAAAUCGAGAAAUUCAGGGGCACUUAUUUGAACGCAUUGCAGAAAAUUAUGCCAGCAUUCUAUUAGGCAAUCCCAGGGUUUCAAACCAGGAAUGCAUCCUCAAGUUUUUUCCAUCACUAUUGAGUCAAGCUGUGUACAUCUGCUUCUGCUCCUGUUUCCCGAGGUCCUGGUUUAAUACCUCUGAAUUCAAAGCCCAACUUUGUGAUGUAUUCUUCGAGUGGCUGGGAGGUACACUGCAUGAACCAAGAAGUUUCAAUAAAUGGGAUUACUCCCAGCUGGAACCAGAACGAUCAAGGAGAGAAGAUUUGAUGUCAAGAAAGAAAAAAAUAGGGACUGGAUUGCUCUCAAUAAGAGUAAGCCACGCUUUGGCUCCGUUUUUGCCAGGAAGGGGCUUGGGAAAUGGCUUUUUCCUGGUGAAAACAAGCCUCUGGGCCCUGAUGCUGGUGGAGUGA